GUAAAGCUUUUGCAUCAGUGUUUGCUCCUUUAAGCCCAACACCAGAGCCAUGAAGGGGUUAAUUCCGUAUGUAAUUUUGUAGAAACAAGGAAGGAAUAUGAAAGUGGUGAGGAAUUAAGUAUUAAAAUUGUUAACUUAGUUGACUGAAAGCCACUGGAGUCGUUUAAAAUCACAGUUCAAGGACCUCAGGUGGCUCCCCGGACCCUAGUUUGGACACCACUGGUUUCCAGGGGAUGCUGAUGGGUGGAUGCUGCCACCGACUGAGAGCGUCACCCUAGGUCGGCGGCUCACCGGUGUGUACGUGCCUCUCUUGUUUUUACCCCGCUGCUGGGUGUCGUCGUGCCGCCGGUGGCUGCUCCGGAGGGGAGGGAGAGAGAGAGGAGGGUGAGGGAGAGACAUAAUGGCCGAGGCGAACGCAACAAGCUCUCGUUUGUGGCAAAAAGUGUCGAUUUUCGGAGUCCUGGAGAUAAGACGGAGACAUUAUCAACAUGGCGACAGCUUCUGAGGCCCGCCUCGGCUCGUUUUGAAACCGCGAACAAUCAAGGCCAUGCUGAUGAUCUGCUGAGAUCUGAUGAGCCCCGUAGGAAUGCACAGGCUUAUGCAUCCCCAGUGGCCCGAGGACAACCCAGGGUUCAGUGUCUCGCCCAAGGACACUUCGGCAUGUGGACAGGAGGAGCUCCCUGCUCCAGCUGAGCCCCUCGGUGCCCUCUGAAGGAGCAGGAUGACAAGAUGGCACAGCUGCUUGUACCGCCCGGACCUGACAGCUUCCGCCCCUUCGUCCCCGAGUCGCUGGCCGCCAUCGAGAGGCGCAUCGCCGAGGAGGAGGCCCGGAGACCACGGGCGGAGCGCCGCAGCGACAGCGACGAUGAAAAUGGGCCCAAGCCCAACAGUGACCUGGAGGCGGGGAAGUCUCUCCCCUUCAUCUAUGGGGACACCCCUUCCCACAUGGUGUCCACCCCUCUGGAGGACCUUGACCCCUUCUACAGCAAUCAGAAGACCUUCAUAGUAUUGAAUCGCGGGAAGGCAAUCUUCCGUUUCAACGCCACUCCUGCCUUGUACAUCUUAAACCCCUUCAACCCUCUAAGGAGGGUAGCUAUUAGAGUUUUAGUACACUCGAUGUUCAGCAUGUUGAUCAUGUUCACCAUCCUGACCAACUGUGCUUUCAUGACCCUCAGUAAUCCCCCAGAAUGGGCCAAGAAUGUAGAGUACACAUUCACAGGGAUUUACACCUUCGAGUCCCUUAUAAAGAUCCUGGCCAGGGGCUUCUGUGUGGGGAAGUUCACUUUCCUCCGGGACCCGUGGAACUGGCUGGAUUUCAGUGUUAUCCUCAUGGCAUAUGUCACAGAGUUUGUGGACCUGGGCAAUGUCUCAGCACUGAGAACCUUCAGGGUUCUGCGAGCCCUGAAAACUAUAUCAGUCAUCCCAGGCUUGAAGACCAUCGUUGGUGCACUGAUCCAGUCGGUAAAAAAGCUGUCGGACGUCAUGAUCCUCACCGUGUUCUGCCUCAGCGUCUUCGCCCUCAUCGGCUUGCAGCUCUUUAUGGGCAACCUGAGGCUAAAGUGCGUGCGCAUGCCAAUCCACAUCAACAGCACCAACAGCACCAACAUCACCGACCCCGACACGUUGUACAUCAACACCACGGAGAACUCGUUCAACUGGACGGAGUACAUCAGCGAUGAGAGUAAUUACUAUUACCUCCCUGGCCGUAGGGAUGCUCUGCUCUGUGGGAAUGGCAGUGGCGCUGGGAGCUGUCCAGAGGGCUUUUCAUGUAUCAAAGCUGGUCGUAAUCCAGACUAUGGCUACACCAGCUUCGACACCUUCAGCUGGGCGUUCCUCUCCCUGUUCAGACUCAUGACGCAGGACUUCUGGGAAAACCUCUACCAGCAGACUUUGCGUGCCGCAGGAAAACCCUACAUGAUCUUCUUCGUGCUGGUCAUCUUCCUGGGUUCCUUCUACUUGGUCAACCUGAUCUUGGCCGUGGUGGCCAUGGCUUAUGACGAGCAGAACCAGGCGACCAUUGAGGAGGCUCAGCAGAAGGAGGAGGAGUUCCAGGCCAUGUUGGAGCAGCUGAAGAGACAGCAGGAGGAGGCACAGGUUGCCGCGGCAGCAGCCACGGAGAGCGGAGAGUACAGCGGAAGAGGGGGCCCCACCUCCGAGUCCUCCUCAGGGACGUCUAAGCUCAGCUCGAAAAGUGCCAAGGAGCGACGCAACAGGCGGAAGAAGAGGAAGCAGAGGGAGGAGGAGGAAGAGAGGGGGGCCAGAGACAAGUUCCACAAGUCUGAGUCCGAGGACAGCAUCAAGAGAUCCAGCUUCCGCUUCUCCAUUGAUGCCAACAGACUGUCUUAUGAGAAGAGAUGCUCCUCGCCCAACCAGUCUCUCCUCAGUAUCCGCGGAUCCCUCUUCUCACCUCGGAGGAACAGCCGUGCCAGCCUGUUCAGCUUCCGCGGCCGGGCGCGCGACAUGGGCUCCGAGAACGACUUCGCCGACGACGAGCACAGCACCUUUGAGGAGAGCGACAGCCGUCGGGGCUCCCUGUUCUUGCCGCGCCGCCUUGAGCGCCGCUGCAGCGCAGUCAGCCAGACCAGCCUCGGGGCGCCGCGGAUCAUACUGCCCGCCAACGGCAAGAUGCACUGCGCCGUAGACUGUAAUGGCGUGGUGUCGCUGGUUGGUGGAACUUCUGUAACAACCUCCCCUGUAGGUCUCCUGCUGCCUGAGGGAACAACUACAGAUACUGAGCUUAAGAAACGGCGAUCAGGUUUUCACCAGCCAUCCAUGGAUUAUUUAGAUGAACCAGGGGGCAGGCAGAGAGCUAUGAGCGUGGCCAGUAUCCUCACCAACACCAUGGAAGAGCUUGAAGAGUCGAGACAAAAAUGCCCCCCCUGCUGGUAUAGAUUCGCCAACACCUGUCUGAUCUGGGAUUGUUGCCCCACGUGGCUGAAAAUCAAGGAUGUUGUCAGCAUGGUGGUCAUGGACCCGUUUGUGGAUCUGGCCAUCACAAUUUGCAUCGUCCUCAACACCCUUUUCAUGGCCAUGGAGCAUUACCCCAUGACUAAAGAAUUCGAUAACGUUCUCUCAGUUGGAAACCUGGUGUUCACCGGCAUCUUCACAGCAGAGAUGUGCUUUAAGAUCAUCGCCCUGGAUCCCUACUACUACUUCCAGGAGGGUUGGAACAUCUUUGACGGCAUCAUUGUUAGUCUUAGUCUGAUGGAGCUCGGCUUAGCCAACGUAGAAGGCCUGUCUGUGCUCAGGUCCUUCAGAUUGCUGAGAGUCUUCAAACUGGCCAAGUCAUGGCCCACUUUGAACAUGCUGAUCAAGAUCAUCGGUAACUCAGUGGGUGCUCUGGGGAACUUGACUCUGGUGCUGGCCAUCAUCGUCUUCAUCUUCGCCGUGGUGGGCAUGCAGCUGUUUGGCAAGAGCUACAAGGAGUGUGUGUGUAAGAUCUCUGAUGACUGUCAGCUGCCUCGCUGGCACAUGCACGACUUCUUCCACUCCUUCCUCAUCGUGUUCCGGGUGCUGUGCGGAGAGUGGAUUGAGACCAUGUGGGACUGCAUGGAGGUGGCUGGACAGAGCAUGUGCCUGAUUGUCUUCAUGAUGGUCAUGGUCAUUGGAAACCUGGUGGUUCUAAACCUGUUCCUGGCUCUCCUCCUGAGCUCCUUCAGCGCUGACAACCUGGCAGCAACUGACGACGACAGUGAAAUGAACAACCUGCAGAUUGCAGUGGGCCGGAUCCAGCGGGGCAUCGCAUUUCUCAAAAACGCAGUGCGGCAUUUCCUCCAGAGCUUCUGCUUUGGUGGGGGCGGUAAGGCCUCUGGUCUGGCUGAGGAGAGCAAACCCCUUGAUGAACUGCACAGCAAUGGCAAGGGCAACUGCAUCUCCAACCACACUUCAGUGGAGCUCACCAAAGAUCCCAGUGGGGUGUACAUGACAGAGGGCAAUGGACGGCCAGGAGGAGGGCUGGUGGUUGGGGUCGUGGUUGGUGGGGACACUACAGGGAAGUACCCAAUGGAGGAAUGUGACUACAUGUCAUUUAUUCAUAACCCCAGCCUGACAGUCACGGUGCCCAUCGCUGUGGGCGAGUCGGACUUUGAGAACCUAAACACAGAAGAUUUCAGCAGCGACUCGUCGGAUGUGGAGGGCAGCAAAGAGAAGCUCGAUGCAGAGCCGCAGCGUCUGAGCUCAUCGGAGGGGAGCACAGUCGAUAUUCGCCCCCCAGGAGACGGCGUGGAUUCGGUGGAGCUGGAGCCGGAGGAGUCACUGGACCCAGAGGCCUGCUUCACAGAGGGCUGUGUGAGCAGGUUCCAGUGCUGCCAGAUCAAUGAGGAGGGAGCAAAGUUUAAGAGCUGGUGGACACUCAGGAAAACCUGCUUUAUCAUAGUGGAGCACAACUGGUUUGAAUCCUUCAUCAUAUUCAUGAUCCUGCUCAGCAGUGGAGCGCUGGCGUUUGAGGACAUUUACAUUGAGCAGCGGAGGACCAUCAAAACAAUGCUGGAGUACGCCGACAAGGUCUUCACUUAUAUCUUCAUCCUUGAAAUGCUGUUAAAGUGGGUGGCAUACGGCUUUGUCAAGUACUUCACCAACGCCUGGUGCUGGCUCGACUUCCUCAUUGUUGACGUGUCCCUGGUCAGCCUUGUAGCCAAUGCUCUGGGCUACUCUGAGCUUACCGCCAUCAAAUCUCUGAGGACACUGCGAGCCCUCCGGCCCCUGAGGGCCCUGUCUCGGUUUGAGGGCAUGAGGGUUGUGGUGAACGCGCUGCUGGGGGCCAUCCCCUCCAUCAUGAACGUGCUGUUGGUGUGCCUCAUCUUCUGGCUCAUCUUUAGUAUCAUGGGUGUCAACCUGUUCGCGGGGAAGUACUAUUACUGCGUCAACACCACCACAGAUGAGACCUUCCCCAUCGAUGUUGUCAAUAAUAAGUCCGAAUGCCUGAACUUGGUCAACGACAGCGCCCGCUGGAAGAAUGUCAAAAUCAACUUUGACAAUGUCGGGGCCGGCUAUUUGGCUCUGUUGCAAGUGGCAACAUUUAAGGGCUGGAUGGAUAUCAUGUACGCAGCUGUGGACUCUCGAAAUUUGGAAGACCAGCCUAAAUAUGAAGUGAACCUGUACAUGUACCUCUACUUUGUCAUCUUCAUCAUCUUUGGCUCCUUCUUCACCCUCAACCUGUUCAUCGGCGUCAUCAUCGACAACUUCAACCAGCAGAAGAAGAAGUUUGGAGGCCAGGACAUCUUCAUGACAGAAGAACAGAAGAAAUACUACAAUGCCAUGAAGAAGCUGGGCUCCAAGAAACCACAGAAACCUAUACCUCGGCCUACAAAUGCAUUUCAAGGCUGCGUGUUCGACUGCAUCACAAAGCAGGCCUUUGACAUCGUGAUCAUGAUCCUCAUCUGCCUUAACAUGGUGACCAUGAUGGUGGAGACAGAUGACCAGACGCCAGAUAUGGACAAAAUCCUCUACUGGAUCAACCUGGUCUUCAUCGUGCUCUUCACCGGGGAGUGUGUGCUGAAGAUGAUCUCUCUGCGUCACUAUUACUUCACCAUUGGUUGGAAUAUAUUUGACUUUGUGGUGGUGAUCCUGUCCAUCGUAGGCAUGUUUUUAUCUGAAGUUAUCGAGAAGUACUUUGUGUCCCCAACACUGUUCCGAGUGAUCCGCCUGGCCAGGAUAGGCCGCAUCCUCCGCCUUAUCAAAGGUGCCAAAGGCAUCCGGACGCUCCUCUUUGCCUUGAUGAUGUCUCUCCCUGCCCUAUUCAACAUCGGCCUCCUCCUCUUCUUGGUCAUGUUCAUCUACGCCAUCUUUGGCAUGUCGAACUUUGCCUACGUGAAGCGGGAGGCCGGAAUCGAUGACAUGUUCAAUUUCGAGACCUUCGGGAACAGCAUGAUCUGUUUGUUUCAGAUUACCACCUCAGCCGGGUGGGACAGCCUGCUGGCGCCCAUACUGAACAAGAGAGAGCCCGACUGUGACAGCCAGAUGGAGCACCCGGGAAACUAUUACAAAGGCAACUGUGGCAACCCGUCAGUGGGCAUCUUCUUCUUCGUCAGCUACAUCAUCAUCUGCUUCCUCAUUGUGGUCAACAUGUACAUCGCCGUCAUCCUGGAGAACUUCAGCGUGGCCACAGAGGAGAGCGCCGAGCCGCUGAGCGAGGACGACUUUGAGAUGUUCUACGAAGUGUGGGAGCGCUUCGAUCCUGACGCCACUCAGUUCAUGGAGUACAGCAAGCUCUCUGUCUUUGCAGACGCUCUCGAUCCACCGCUGCGCAUGCCCAAGCCGAAUAUGAUCCAGCUCAUCUCCAUGGACCUGCCGAUGGUGAGUGGCGAGCGCAUCCACUGCCUCGACAUCCUGUUCGCCUUCACCAAGCGAGUGUUGGGCGAGGGCGGCGAAAUGGACGUGUUACGCGGGCAGAUGGAGGAGCGCUUCAUGGCGUCUAACCCCUCUAAGGUGUCUUACGAGCCCAUCACCACUACGCUCCGCCGCAAACAGGAGGACAUGUCGGCCAAAAUCAUCCAGAGAGCCUUCCGCCACUACAUGAUCCGCCUGGCCAUGAAGAAGGCCUCCGCCCUCUACAAGGAGAAGCUGAAGGAGGGAAUCCGCGACCCUGACAAGGACGUGAUGGUCAUCAGCAAGUUCACCGAGAACUCUACUUCGGACAAAACAGACAUGACCCCCUCCACAGCCUCCCCGCCUUCUUACAAUAGUGUGACGAAAUCGGACAAGGACAAAUACGAGAAAGAAAACAGGGAAAAGGAGAACAAAGGGAAAGACUUGAAAGACAGAAAGAAAUAGACUUUUUAAAAAGGAACAAAAAAUCAAAAAAAUGCAUCAGAGACAUGAGGGAAAUUUGUUUACAGCUUCUAAAGGGGGUAGAUAGACGUACGCUUGUGUGUUGAUUGUUCCGAGGAAUGCUACGCCAGGUAGGCCUAAAAUUGGAGUGCGGUUAUGUCAUAUGUGAAUACAUGGGGGUCUUUCUCAGCGGGGAAAUAUGGAAUCAAAUUAUCCAGCAGACACUGCCAGAGAUUGACUGGAACAUGGAAAAGCCUCUCUGCAAAACGCUUGUGAUUUUCCUAUUGGUUGUUGUUACUAUCUGACACACUUGAGUGUACUGUUAAGUUGUCUGUAGCUAGUGCUGCUGCUACUACUAUAAAUCCAGUGUCUUGAAUUUAACAAUCGCUGUAUCACUUAACAAGUACUCUGCAUUUUUUUUUUUUUUUUUUUUUUUUGUUACAAGGUUUCCUUUUUUAAUGAGAAAGAAUGUUUUCUACUUUUUUGUGUCAUUAUCGUGAGAAUGUGUCCACUGCUUUCACUGUUGUAAAAUCACCAAGGGCAGACAAAGACAAUGCUGGAAACUACAACAACCAUCUGAAACUCGUACAAUGCAGGGUCAGUGCCAGAAUGCUCUCGAUUCAUACAGUAUACGAAGUGCUGAAGUGCAAUGGACAAAUACAUUCUACUCACUGGUGUGCCAUCAGUGAUUGUUGAAACCUGUAUUGUGCUUCUAGCUGGACUGCCAUCUCCCCCCGUUUCAGUAGAAAAAUACAAGUCUCUAAAUACAGAGAAGCUGAAUGUAUGCAAGGACUGAGGCACGUUUAAAGCGACUGUUUGACAUUUUGGGAAAUAUUCUUGGAGGCUUUUUUGCGGAGAGUUCGAUGAGAAGGUUGACGCCACUCUCACGUCUGUCCUUUAAAUAUGAAGCUAGAGCCAGAAAACUGUUAGCUGAAAGGACCAGUGUGUUUGUCCAUUCUGGGCUACUGUAGAAACAUGGUCGAUGAAAGAGGAUCUGCUCCCUGUGUAGAUAAAAAGGUCUUAUUCUAAGAUAACAAAAGCACAACCAAUCUUUUUUUCAUGUGAUUGUACACUAAUGAAAACAUACCUAUGAAUAUUAUAUUCUAUUUCUGCCACUAGAUCCUCCUACAUGUGACACACUGGACCUUUAACUGAGCAGAAAGACUGGAAGCAGGGGCUCACUCCAAGCUCAACAACCCACCUACCAGCACCUUUAAAUCAAAUCCUUUCAAAUCCCCUUAUCCUAUAACUUCAGCUCAAAGAUUCAGGUUAGAUCUGUGAUCUGCCAGAAAGACUACUUUUUAGUGGUAGCUACUAAAUUAAUCAACAUUAACAUUAAUGAAGCUAGCGUUAUUCAUUUUCAUGACCCGUAAGCUUCAACUUAAAAAUGAGAUGUGCAGCAGAAGAAAAAAGUUUGUUGUUAGUAAGAUAAUAAACUUCCAGAGCCAUUCUCAAAAAAAGUUGAGUAAAUGUCCGGAUCUCCUGUAAUAAAAGACGUGGAGUACGUAUUUGGUAACAUUAGCUUAGAGAGGAACAGAGACUGUACUUAAUGUGGAUUGGUGAUGUCAGUUUAUAUGCGUACAUCCCAUGUGAGUUUGAGCCUGUUUCCCCCUGCUCCCAGUCUCAAGCUAAACUAAGCUAAGCUCAUCUACUCCAAAAACACUGGACACGUGAAUGACGUCAAUCUCCUCAUCUUACCCCUUUCCCAGAAUGUCAGGACUAUUACUUUAAAGCGACACUCAUAUCUACUUUUUUCCUCCGCUGUCGUAUUGCAGUGUCUCUUCUAAAGCAUUUGUUAUCCUCCCCCUUCCCCAAUCCUCCAUCCCCCGCCCCCCUCCCAGAGCUCUUGUAAAGAAAAUAUCUUAAAUAAUGAAAUAUACUUAAAAGAAAAAUGUCGAUCUUUCUGACUCCUGUCAAGUUAGGACAUGACAAUAUAUCACAUUUAAAGGUUAUAAUAUCACAUAUGUUUGUAUGACAUCCAUGUUGUUCUUGGUUUAAAUUGAGCAGCGAGUGGUUUUAAUGUAGUGGUUUGGAUUGUAAAUAAUAUAGCUGUUCGGGCCCACAGUAUGCAUCACACUUACAUUUGAUGUAAGAGCACUUUUUAUCCCCACUGCUAUGUAAUUCCACGUGUGGCGUUCCUACAUGUAAGUGCGUGAGAGAGAAAAGCGUGUCUGUACUCGUGCAUUUAUGUGAUUGCGAGAGAGGGAAGCCAGAAUGUGAGCAUCUAUCUCUUUGUGCGAGCGAGCGUGCAUCUGGCAUCUGCAGGUUGUUUGUGUUCUACCGAUUAUAAAUAACAUUUUUACUGUAGAUAUGAGUGCAUUUUUCCAGUCUUCAGAUUUGAUUUACAUUUUUUCUAGAACUUUGUUUUUUUGUUUUUUUCCUUUCUGCACUGUAACACAUGAUGAAACACAUGUAUGGUCCCUCAUAUCUGUAGAUACAAACCAUGAAGCAAUCAGUAGCCAUCUCUCAUUGCGCUUGUAGUGUUUUAGUGAACUGCAUGCAAGAAGUGACUACUGUCCGCUCAUAUGGUAAUAUCAUUUUAAAGCCAAAAGAAUAAAGGACAUAUUUUUUGUAAAUGCUUGUUUAUUUUCUCCAUUUCCUUUACAGCCUUUUCUGUGUUCAGUGGCUUCAUAAGUUUUUUUUCCCACCUGUGGGUGACAUCCGGUCUUUGGUCUGUGAUCUGAACCUGACGUAUGAUUGCUGAACAUGGCGGGAACUUUGGUUGAACAGGAUCAUUCAUGUGGUUCAAGUACAUGUUACACUAAACUAUGUAUCAAUUUGCAAAAUGUGACAAUUGACCUUUUUUUUUUGUUAUAACCAAAGAUGUGGCAACAAAACUCAAAAUCUAGAUUUCCAAAAUAAAAGCCUAUUUUGGGAAGCAUA